UUUACAGCCUCGAUUCCAGGCUCUCCCUUCUUUUCCUCCCUUAUCGCAGGCAGAGUCUGGGGUUGGCAAGGAAGGGAGGUUACUAAGAAAUAUGGCCGACGGUAAGGAGGCAAAAGUAAGAUGGACAAAAUCUGAAAAACAUCGUCGAAUACGACGUCGAGAAUCAUGGACAAAGGAAGAAAAAGAGAUUAAAGAAUUAGAGGAUCGUUGCAGAGAUCUUGAUUGUGCUGCUGCUUUAUCAAAGUUCUCUGAUUUACCUCUUUCACAAAGAACACUUCAAGGCUUGCAUGGUGCAGGGUAUCAAAUUCCAACUGAAAUUCAGAAGGCUGGAAUACCAAUAUCUUUAAAAGGCUGUGAUGUCUUAGGAGCUGCUAAGACUGGCUCAGGAAAAACUUUGGCAUUUCUUAUUCCUGUAAUUGAAGUACUAUGGAGUCAGAGGUGGACUUCUGUAGAUGGUUUAGGUGCUCUGAUAAUCUCUCCUACCCGUGAACUUGCAUAUCAAACAUUUGAAGUAUUAUGCAAAAUUGGCAGCAAACAUGACCUUUCAGCAGGUCUUAUAAUCGGUGGAAAGGACCUGAAACAUGAGCAAGAAAGAAUUAGAAAAACAAAUAUUGUUGUCUGUACCCCUGGACGGCUGCUUCAGCACAUGGAUGAGACGCCAGACUUCAACUGCAACUCUUUACAGGUUCUUGUUUUGGAUGAAGCAGACAGAAUUCUAGAUCUCGGUUUUGCUGCUACACUGAAUGCCAUUUUAGAAAAUCUUCCCGAAGAAAGACAGACCAUGCUUUAUUCAGCGACUCAAACAAGAUCAGUACAAGAUCUAGCAAGGUUGAGCCUGCAGGAUCCUGAAUACAUUGCUGUACAUGAAAACUCAAGAACAAGUACUCCUAAAGGACUCACACAGAGUUAUGUAGUUUGUGAACUACAUGAAAAGCUGGAUUUUCUACACUCCUUUAUUCGUAAUCACAUCAAAAGCAAGAUUCUUGUCUUUGUUUCAAGUUGUAAACAGGUAAAAUUCAUCUAUGAAUCUUUUCGCCGCCUGCGACCUGGAAUACCGCUAAUGGCUCUAUAUGGCAAACAAAAGCAGUUAAAGAGAGUGGCAAUUUAUAAUGACUUUUGUAAGAAGACUGAAGCUGUGCUCUUUGCUACAGAUAUUGCGGCUAGGGGUCUUGACAUUCCUGCAGUUCAUUGGGUGGUUCAACUAGAUUGUCCUGAAGAUGCCAACACAUACAUUCAUCGAGCAGGAAGAACAGCAAGGUAUCACAAGAAUGGACAAUCCUUGUUGGUAUUAUUACCUUCAGAGGAACCAGAAAUGCUUAAGGCUUUAGAAGAUAAAAAGAUACCUAUAAACAGAAUAAGAGUGAAUCCACAGAAGCUGGGUUCAAUUCGAAAGAAACUUGAAGCAUUCUGUGCUCAGGACUUAGAAAUAAAGCAAUGGGCUCAAAAGGUAACAGAUGAAAUUCAGUCAUAUUCUUUUGACAGAUCAGUACAAGAUCUAGCAAGGUUGAGCCUGCAGGAUCCUGAAUACAUUGCUGUACAUGAAAACUCAAGAACAAGUACUCCUAAAGGACUCACACAGAGUUAUGUAGUUUGUGAACUACAUGAAAAGCUGGAUUUUCUACACUCCUUUAUUCGUAAUCACAUCAAAAGCAAGAUUCUUGUCUUUGUUUCAAGUUGUAAACAGGUAAAAUUCAUCUAUGAAUCUUUUCGCCGCCUGCGACCUGGAAUACCGCUAAUGGCUCUAUAUGGCAAACAAAAGCAGUUAAAGAGAGUGGCAAUUUAUAAUGACUUUUGUAAGAAGACUGAAGCUGUGCUCUUUGCUACAGAUAUUGCGGCUAGGGGUCUUGACAUUCCUGCAGUUCAUUGGGUGGUUCAACUAGAUUGUCCUGAAGAUGCCAACACAUACAUUCAUCGAGCAGGAAGAACAGCAAGGUAUCACAAGAAUGGACAAUCCUUGUUGGUAUUAUUACCUUCAGAGGAACCAGAAAUGCUUAAGGUAACACAACAGCAUCAGUUUCUAAAUACUACUGAAACGUGUAGGUUGGUAAAGUCUGGCUACAAACCAAGUGGCUCAUCAGGCUGGAGCUUAUCCCUCUUUCUGUGCCAAGAAGUGACUAGGAGUAUUUCAACUGCUUUAGAAGAUAAAAAGAUACCUAUAAACAGAAUAAGAGUGAAUCCACAGAAGCUGGGUUCUAUUCGAAAGAAACUUGAAGCAUUCUGUGCUCAGGACUUAGAAAUAAAGCAAUGGGCUCAAAAGAGUAUCGUAUCCUACGCCAGAUCAGUGUUCCUGCAGUCAAACAAAAAAAUAUUUGAUGUCAACAAGCUUCCCUUGGACGAGUUUGCGCAAUCACUUGGAUUACCCAACCCUCCUCGGAUUCGAUUUCUUAAGAAAGCGGAGAAAAAGUAUGGUAAACAAAAUGACUCGUCACAAAUUGACCUCGCGACAAGCAACCGAACACAGGAAAGCAGCGGUAGUAGUGACGAGGGGUCUGGGGACGAGGAAAGUGAAGACGAGAGGGAUCUGGUAAACACUUCGAAAUUACAAGAUGAUACCGCUGAACAAGAUGAUUUACUAUUCCUUAAGAAACGCCAUGUAAACUUUGACCCAGGCCCACCUUCAAUAGAGGAAGACCUGGUUCAAAAAGAGAGAAAGCCAAAGAAACCAAAGACCAAAAUUGCUGCGGCCAAAAAAAUACUGAACAAAAAUGUGAAGAUAAACACAAAGAUAGUGUUUGACGACGAAGGAGAGCCACUUACGACUGAAGGACCUCCUCUAAAUCUCGCAAGUAAGUCUGAACCAAGCAACGAAACUCUUGAACCAGUCCCUCUCGGCGAGAGCCAUAAACGUCACGUGGGUGGCAUUUCAGUAGAAGAAUCACGUGAUUUGAUGCGUCAGGCGGACUUGAUUGACAGGAAAGUGGAAAGGCAGCGAAUUAAAAGCAAACACAAAGAACAAAGACGAAAAGUUAAGAAACGACGGCGGGAGGAACAGGGUGUAUCAGGUGUCGGUUUAGUGGACGACGGAGAGGCUGAAGAAGAACUCGAGGACUCUGAGGAUGAAGAACAGCUACAGAGCCCCAAGAAGAGGAAGGGCUUCUCAAAGAGUGACGGAGUCUCAGAUAUUGCUCUGGAUUUGGCGCCCCAAGGGCCAUCUUUGGCAGAAGACGAGGAACUAGUUUUGCAGCUUCUGUCGGGA